GUUUCCUCGCUCGCAGCGUGCGGGCCAAUUGUCCAGCCCGGGUCAACCAUCGCAUGACUUUUAGUUUUUUAAGCAACCAUUUGCCAUUCCGGGUCCGUCGCAAGCCCCCUUUUCUCCUCCCCGUGCCAAAGCCAUCUUCUGCUAGCAGGCAACCCCCAAAACAUACCGUACCCACCCACGGAGACAGCUCACACGAGGUCCAACGGGAACGGGGACAACGGUGUAAGAAAGAAAGAAAGCCCACGCAUGAACAACACCCGCCUGGACGGUUAAGCCUAAGCCAUGCCGGGCCAAGGACACACACGCCCCACUGCCUGCUCUGGAAUGGUAGGGUGGCUGGCAACCCUGGCGCAGCCCACUGGUUUCAAUCCCUCCUGGGGUUUCAUGCUCUGGCUCGAUUCUUUGUCCAACGCCCCCCCUUUCCUCGACGACCGUGCUCAGCCGUAAUCCCUUGUUCAUCCUCGACAUCCUACUAUGUAUUGUGUCGUCUGCCGCAACCAAUAAUGCCAUUCUUUGUUUGCGUCCGGAACACUGCAGCUCGAAAAUAAUUCCUCGGAAGGGGGUUCAGUUCUGUCGGCCGCGGCCGUCCAUUGAGACAAUCCCCUCCCCCCCUGUUAUCAAAUAAUAGCCAGCAUCAUGCCCCGAAAUCCACACUUUCUGAGAGGGACGUUUGAUGCUAUCGGUAAUUGACUCAGCUCUCUCUCUGUCUGUCGUUCCUCUCGACGCCUGGAAACAUCUCCCACGCGCCGAAUGACCAGGUCGUCUCCGUAAUUUUUCGUCUUUUCAGAUCCCGUCGUCAAAGUGCUACAUUCCCAAACCCCCUCGCCGUGUCUAUGUCCGUGUUCGGGUCCAAGAGGGUCCGUUCCUCCAGCCUACCUAGGUAGCCAGAGGGGAAGAAAAAGAAGACCGCGAGCGGCCCGUCAGUCCUCGUGGCCAAAUCCGUCGACUAAUCAGCUACGGGCGCUGUCAAAGUGUCAGUCCGUCGACGGCGCCCGACGGCGCCCUGCCGCACAGUCGCGAAUCGGACGGGGAGGCAACGGACGGUAGCGCCCAUCUGCGAUGCGACUCAGCACGCCAACCUUGUCCCCGCCGCCUAUCUAGGUAUAUCAGGGCCCUGCCUGCUCCACUUUGCUCCGAUGCGGGAGAUCGGCCGGACGCAUGCUGCUCCACUCCGGAACCCGGGUCUCAUUCCAGGCCCGCUCAGCCGGCGCCACGUGAGGGCGAGAUGAGUGUGUGGG